AUGCAACCUUUCCUUGAUCUAUCCAAUCAAACUGCAACCAUUCUGCUUUCUUCCCCUGCCCCACCUAAUAUCGCUAUCGUAACACAAGCUCAGAUCAUUCUCGUUGAUAUAUUCUACGACUUUACGCGUCAAGACCUACCCCCGGGCAUUGGGGAUGCUCACGACUCCUUUUUUGCUCUACAAACUGGACUCUUUCAGCGUUUCAUGUCAUGGGACCCAGUAGAGCUUCGAUCCGAUCCUGAUGAAACACAGCCAUCGCUGCCUGCUCAGUUGAAGACCAAAAUUUUCGAGAUUGGCGAGAGCGUAUGGGAGCUCAUCGGGUCGAACCGGCUCCCUGGUGUUGCGGACGACUCUCUUGUUUCUCAAUCUUUGCAUUUUAUAUCCACCGCAAUUCGGUCGAGUUACUAUAAAUCGCUCUUCUCCUUGCGCGAAACCAUUGCCUCUCUCGUACAAGGCGUCAUAAUUCCUAAUAUUUGA